UCACGCAAACAGGUCCUACUGCGAUCUGGAGCGGUAGUGACUGAUGAGCGCGGUGCUGUGGGGUCGCCUGGCUCUUUCUUUAACGUACGUUUGCCCACUUUUAUCCACUGCUUUACGGAACAUUUCCUCCAGAGGUGAAGCGUUACACGGCUGUCGAAGAUGUCUGUGGCCGGGCUGAAGAAACAGUUCCACAAAGCCAGUCAGCUACUCAGUGAAAAGAUCAGUGGGGCAGAGGGGACCAAGCUGGAUGAUGACUUCAUGGAGAUGGAGAGGAAAAUUGAGGUGACCAACAAGUCAGUGUUUGACCUCUUGUCCAAAACAACAGAAUACCUCCAGCCUAACCCAGCUUCUCGAGCCAAACUGAACAUGCUGAAUACAGUGUCUAAGAUCCGAGGGCAGGUGAAGACCACUGGCUACCCUCAGACCGAAGGCCUGCUGGGAGACUGCAUGCUGCGCUACGGCCUCGAACUGGGAGAGGACUCUGUCUUUGGCCAUGCUCUGGUGGAUAUGGGUGAGGCCAUGAGGCAGAUGGCAGAUGUGAAGGACUCCCUGGACAUAAACGUCAAACAAAACUUUAUUGACCCCCUGCAGAACCUACAGGACAAGGACCUCAAAGAGAUCACGCACCACCUGAAGAAGCUGGAGGGCCGUCGAUUAGACUUUGACUAUAAGAAGAAGCGUCAGGGGAAGAUCCCAGACGAGGAGAUCAGGCAGGCUGUGGAAAAGUUCGAGGAGAGCAAAGAGCUGGCCGAGAGGAGCAUGUUCAACUUCCUGGAGAAUGAUGUGGAGCAGGUGAGCCAGCUGUCGGCACUGAUUGAGGCGGCAGUAGAGUACCACCGACAGUCGUGUGAAAUUCUGGAGGAGCUCAGCAAAAAGCUCCAGAAGACGAUAUCCACAGCCAGCAGCCGGCCCAAGAGGGAAUUCAAACCAACGUCCAUCAGGAGCAGCAUGGAGACCCUGGACAACAGUCAGCACAACGGCCUCUCCUACAGCUCCUCGCUCAAAUCUACCGAUAUCCAGAUCAGCCACACAGUCAAUGGGAAAACUGAUCAUAUAUCCUCUGUUCCACUGUCAUGGCCUGAGAGCCCCACUACAAAUGGCAAUAUUCACCAGUCAGAGGUUUUGGACCAGCCAUGCUGUCGCUCCCUCUACGACUUUGAGCCAGAGAACGAGGGAGAGCUGGGCUUCAAGGAGGGCGACAUCAUCAUCCUCACCAACCAGAUAGACGAGAACUGGUACGAGGGCAUGAUCAAUGGUGAGUCCGGCUUUUUCCCCAUCAACUAUGUGGAGGUCAUCGUCCCCCUGCCUCAGUGAAGACCGGCACCUCGAGUCCUCUGCGGACUCCCUCCUGCCUCAUCACACUCAGCCUCUGUCCUCAGCUCGACUCUGGACUCACCUGGAAACACACAGGGGCCAGCUCACCCCGAAGCUGAACAAAAAUGUCUGUCUUCUGAUUUUUAAACCGAGCCAGAGAGGUAGUAGAUUUGUCUCAAGCCAACUUAAGAUCAAAGUCACUGUUGUUUUCUCUGUUAAUAUUUAUGAACCUGAAGCCAACUGACCCAACCCAAGCCAUUAAAUGGGACACUUCCUGAUUGGUCUGACCAAGGUGAAAAAGUCAUCAAACUCCAUCCCGUCAGUACUUCAGUUGACGCUGCUCCCUGUUUAUCCAAGUUUCUCUUGUUGAGCUGUCUGCCUGUUUUUGCCCACUCAUCACAAACUGAGGCUCCUCAACUCUGCUAGAAGUGGACAUCUUGACUGCAUUGUUAGUCACUACAAAGAAUUUCUAUACUUUUAUUUGCAAUAUCGUCACAAUAGGAACAUUUCAGGAUAUUUUCAAUCCCAUUACAUUGUCAUAUAGUUACGCCAAAAAUGAAAAAGGCUUUGUAUUUGCACCACAAAUCCCUUUAUAUGAUUGCCUGAACUGUCAUGGAGCUCUGGAUUGUGACUACAUACAAGCAAGCUAAGAAGCUAACAUAAUCCAAGUAGAAACAUGAAUCAGCUUGAUGUUUAAGAGCUGUUCACCCAAAUAUUAUCAAGACAUGCACAUAGUUCUGGUUUUAUUUGUCCAAGUUUUGAGAUAUUUGUCUGUGAGGUUUUUGGCUCCACCCUAAUACAAUGGGGAUGAAUGGGAUUUCAUUCGUGGCUCUCACAGGAUUAAAUAGAAAUUAAAAAAUUCAAGAUGUGGCUAACAAAAUAUGGUUUGUUUUAAUUUGGGUGAACUGACCCUUUGAUGGCCAGCUUGUAUGUUUAAGAAAAACAACAUGGCUGCCACAGCCUUGUAUUCCUCUGGUUUUGCUUUAUAUUUAAAAAAAAAAAAGUAUCUUGUGUUUAGAGAAUAAAACAAAAGUCUCACUUUUUUGUAUAUGGCGCUUUGUGAAGCCUUCAAGUCAAGUCUUGCCAAAGUUCAAGGAUAAUUCCAGUUUAUUCCAGCUUUGUUCUUCUCGUAGUUUUGGCCAUCAUUUAAAUCAGUAGUUAUUACAAUGUACUCUGUAAGUUUAGAUUGGGAACAGGGUGUCAUUGCUUAAAAGAAGCACCGCAGCAGACAAUAUUUUAAUACCAACAGUGGGUCAGGCCUGUACACCAAACAGCAGACAGACAGCGUUAGAAGACAUAAAGUUAUAAUAUGUCAUAAUACAUGUGUCAUAAGCAGUUUGUUGUGGUGUUCUACCCCGUAGUAGCCAAAUACAAACUGUUUCUGCUUUAGACAAACCUCCAGGUUAAAGAGAGAAAAUUAAGUGAAAAGGUAAAAAGUUAAUACCCAAACUGUCUGUUGUGAACAUCCAUCACUGUUCACAACUUCCUGAUUUAUCUUUGACCUGCCGACCAUGGCAUAGACGUGAACACUGUUCUGGUGCAAUCAAGAAUUGUUAUGAAUGUCUCAGGCGUGCUCACUUUCAAAGACGUUGUUUAGAUUACUGCUUCCCAACUCUCAUUUAUCUGAAAAAAACAAAUUAUAUUUAAAGUUUAGAUUAUUAUUUAAAAUCUAAUCUUUGAACGUUUCCAAUGCGGGAUCAGAGUAAACAGUGAACAACUGUUAUUGUGAUGCAUUGAAUAUAAUAUGAAAUAUACAUAAAAUAUGUCACUGAGUCAGUUUACUUAAUGAUAGGAAAGGGCUCCCUUAAGGAAAAUGUUGGGAAUCACUGCAUUAGAUAAUCUGUUUAUGCCCUUUGGGAUUGUCUGACUGCUUGUGUUUCUAACCUGUCAGCCACUUUGCUGAGUACAAUGCUCUCAAAACUGAUGGAAAUGAUGGCCAAAAUUCCUAAAACAACGGCCAAGCUGUUAUAAACCAGAAUCAUCAUUUAAAAUGUGAAAUCAAACCUUUGAUCGAUGUAGGCUUUAGCUCGACGGCGCUCUGCACAAACAUUCCAUCGCUAUUUAUUUUAGACACACUUUUAUUUUGUGAACAUUUCAAGCCACGGCUCUUGAACAGCAAUCACACCACUAAAAGUCAGCCUCACAUUCCACUGGGAUAGUGCUAGACAGUAUGUGACGUGUGUUACUUGUUUGUUCAGGUCGGCCCGUCCUGUGUCGUAACUCUGUACCUUCCUGUUGACGUCCUCUCUCCUCUUGCCUGUUUGCCUGCUGUGCUCUAAAGUGUAUCAGAACACGACAAUGUUUCGAUUGUGAGGAUCUCUCUCUCUCUCUCUCUCUCUCUCUCUCUCUCUCUCUCUCUCUCUCUCUCUCUCUCUCUCUCUCUCUCUCUCUCUCUCUCUCUCUCUCUGUUUACAUGCUCUGACUUAUUGUGACAUAAUAUAUGGACCGUACCGCCCGCUCUGUGUCAAAAUAGGGAUGAAUGCCUUGUCACACUGAAAUCAUAUGAAAGUGCUUUUUGAAAUGUCUGUAUUGCACUGAAGCUUUAGAAACUACCUACUGUACCAUAUGCGUUUAUGGAUACGCACCUUUUUUGUUUGUUGAUGUUUUUUUUUUUCUUCAGCGUUGCACUUUGUGUUAUUCACAACGGGGUUAGAAUCACUACCAUAUCAGAUAUAUACGUGAAGUCAAAAUGAAAAAAUACUUAGAUUUAUAUAACCACAGAUGUUCUUUGUACUGUGCUAUGUUGAAUCCACUCUCUCAAUUAUUGUAACGUAGACUGGAAAUAUGGUUGUGUCACAUCUUAAAUGGGAUGAGUCUGUGGAAGUAGAUGAUCCUUGUUCCAGCUCUUUGGUUAGCUAGCGAUAAGCCAUAGGAUAAGUAAAGGCCUGCAGUUACUGUGUGGUUGUGCUGAUAGACCUGUUCAUUUAGCGCGAGUCAGUAAAACACCUCAACAGCCUGAUAAGCAGCUGUCUCCUGACAGUGGAUGUUCAGUGAAAUGCUGCCAGACAAAAGGGUGCAAGAGGUCAAUCACAGUAAAUUCUCUGAGAGGCCUUUAUUUCCCUCAACUGCAAAGAAAAUCAGGCUUUUAUUUUAAACUUGAUUUGUAAUGGCCCCUUGUUUUAUAGGUUUAUUUGAUCAUGUUUUAAUAAGAGGACUCAAUGUUUUCUGAUCAGCUCCUGGCUUUUAACAUGCUGUUGAUACAAACUCAACUAGUUCAAAUUCAUGAUACAUUUCCACAGAACCAAUUCCAACAGAUUCGUGUCAUACUCACCACUCUGCUGCUCUGAUAUAAAUAUGGUUUCCUUUCAUUCAUUGCAUUCCUAAUCCACGUUAUUUUCUUUCAUCUUUUAUCGUAUGUGGACCAACUUUAUACAGAAUAGAGAGAAAAUAAAGAAAAUGUAUUGGCUAGUUACUGUUAGCUUGCAGUUGCUUAGGUGUCAUGUUGCAUGAUGAUUCUUUCUCCUUUUUUUUUUUUUUUUCACAAAGAUUGUUAUUAUGGAUGUUGGAUACUGGGGAGCUCUUAGCACAGGGUGCUAUCUGCAACACAGUCAAAAUACAUUACAGAAAGGAAUGUCCAUCAGGAGGUUAAAUCCUGUAUUCAGUACAAGUGAAAACAACAACUGUUCUAAAUGCAGUCAAUCAUGAAACAAGUGGACAUAUUUAAGAUUGAAUGCAGGAUAACUCUUUUAAACUAUAAUUUUUUGCAGUUAGCCCCACAGUAUAAAUGACUGUUUGAUACACUAAAACAAGAUCUCUCUCAACAAUGUACCUCUGUUUGCCUUUGCAGUCCACAAAAGUCUCUCCUCAGUAUUCAUUUUACAACUUCUAGGCAAAGGAAACUAGCUGCGCAGUCCUGUAUUUAAUUUUUUCAGUAGCAUAAUUUAUGCAAAAGGUGUUUUAUAGAUGUUGUAAAUGAAUAUAUGAAUAAAUAUAUUGCGUAAAUAAAUGACAAGGAAAUAUCAAGCCAC